UGAAUUCCCUGUGUUUUGAUUCCAUCACAACUCUUAGUCCUGUCAAAUUUUAGCCAAUUUCUGUUUGUUAACUGAUCAAAAAUGGUAAAAUGACAGAAUUUAAAAUUAAUCCAAAAACACCCCUUUUUUCUAUUGUUUUCUCCGCUGUCAUCUUCUCUCCUAGAUCUAACCUAACUCAAAGUAUCAUCACACUCUAGCAAUGGAAGUUGGGAUGGAGGUUUUAAAGUUAAAAAGCUUUAGCAAGAGAAUUUUUAAUGAAAAUACAUCAGAUCUAGAUGUUGGCUGUUACUGAAGUGGAGAGAAGGUAGUGGUCUGCAAUACAUGCCUUGAAAUCAAUGCCUAGAGCACUUGAGAUUGUCGUGAACAAGCCUCCAUGCUUGGUGGACCUGAGAUUGGGAUGAUCUAUACGCGGUCGUUUAGCCAAGCCCCUACACAGCUGUAUGGUGUGCUUAAGUCGAUCCCUAUGGCUUUCUCAGAUUUGGUUGAUAUUGCUGAAAAGCUUGAAAUGGAAAGUAGGCAAUUUUUAAUUUGUGAUUGAAUAUUUCAUUGAUUUUGAAUAUUUUGUUGAUUUUUUAUUUUGGUUUUGAUUAUUUUGUUGGUUUUUUUUAUUAAAGUUGUUUAGAUGAACUUUAAUGGUAGAUUUGAUAAUGAAGAUAACGGAGGAGAUUGUUUGGUAGAAAAUGAAAAUUUGAGAGAAGGAUAAAAGUAUUUUCGUCUUUUUUAUUGACUUAUAGCUAAACUGGCUAAAAUUUGAUGGAAUGACUAAAAAUUAUAACAUAAUCAAAACACAGAGACUUAAAAAACGUAGGAACUGACUGGUUGUAUUUACGAAUGUAAUAAUAAUUUUUUCAUUUCAUUGUAAGUGUAUUUGCCCUGUACAGAGGUGGACCAUUAGAUAAACAUAUCAUAAUUUAUGGACCUAAGCGCGUAGGCGGAGGCUCCUCCGACCCACGUGCGAUUCAAAUCCAAAAAGGCGAAAACAAGAAAACACGGUUCCGUUAUCCACGUCUUCCUCAUUCUGAGGCUUCGAAUCCCAGUCAGCCUAAACAUAUCAAAACGUGAGUUUUCUGUGCCUACAUAAUAUAGAGGACAUACAUACCCCACGCUUACAAGCAAAAGCAGUACUCUCCAUCUCCUCUUUUUCUCCCUUUUCCUUUUUCCCUCCUACAAUUUCCCUCUAUCACAAAAAAUUCUUCAAUCUCCUCCACACCUUCCAUUGAUUUUAUUUAUUCCAGCUUCAGCUGGAGGAUCACUGUUUUACAGCAGAAGCAGCACAAUCCCUAGCUGAUGACUCUUCUUACGCGAAAUUUAGGUUCAUGUAUCAUCGUUUUCGAUCAAUAUGAAAACGGUUUAUUCUUCUUCUUCUUCUUCUUCUAGCUUCGAUUUAUCUCAGCUUUUUCUUCCUCAACUCUGCCCUUGUAAAAGUUUGAAUCACAAUUACCCAUCAAUUCCUUUCUCGAAAAGGAGAAGGAAAAAUCGAAAUUUGACCAGAAAUUUCUCUUUUCAUGCUUAUGUAAUUUCCAAAUAUGGCAAAAAUCUUAGUACAAAUGGUGAAUUUUCCAACUCAACUAGGCUAGGUACAAGGAACCUCGUUUUGAAACGGAUUGCUAAUGAAUUGGAGACUGAACAAGAGGAUAUUUCACAAGAAUCAUCAACAUCUUCUAUUCAAAUAGGCUCAAAUUUCACCGGUUUUCAAGAUGAUCCAAUGCUGGACAAGUUAAGGACUCAAUUAGGAGUCAUACAUCCAAUCCCAUCACCUCCAAUUAAUCGAAACAUUGUCGGGUUAUUUGUCUUUUUCUUCUUUGUUGGAGUAGCUUUCGAUAAGCUAUGGACAUCGAGGAAGACGGCCAAAACGGCAGGCGGUGCUGGGCAGCGGGGGCCGUGGCCGCAAGUUCCCACAAGUUUUUCAUUGUUUUUGGAGAAGGAUUUGCAGAGGAAAGAGUCGGUAGAGUGGGUCAAUAUGGUCUUGGGGAAACUGUGGAAGGUUUAUAGACCUGGGAUUGAGAAUUGGAUUAUUGGGUUGCUGCAGCCUGUUAUUGAUAAUCUGAAGAAGCCUGAUUAUGUGGAGAGAGUUGAGAUUAAGCAAUUCUCUUUGGGCGAUGAGCCAUUGUCUGUCAGGAAUGUCGAGCGCAGAACAUCCCGUCGUGUCAACGAUUUGCAGUAUCAAAUAGGCCUCCGAUAUACUGGUGGUGCUCGAAUGCUGCUAAUGCUUUCACUCAAAUUUGGCAUUAUCCCAAUUGUUGUACCUGUUGGUGUUCGAGAUUUUGACAUAGAUGGUGAACUGUGGGUCAAAGUACGGUUAAUACCAACUGAACCUUGGGUAGGAGCUGUUUCAUGGGCUUUUGUGUCCCUUCCAAAGAUCAAAUUUGAACUGUCACCAUUCCGCUUGUUCAAUUUGAUGGCAAUACCUGUUCUCUCAAUGUUUUUGAAGAAGCUUCUUACUGAGGAUUUGCCUCGCCUAUUUGUUCGUCCAAAGAAGAUUGUGUUGGAUUUUCAGAAAGGAAAAGCAGUAGGUCCUGUUGCAAAUGCUUUCAGAUCUGGAGAAAUGCAAGAAGGAAAUAAUGAUUUUGUUGGGGAACUAUCAGUUACUCUUGUAGAUGCUCGGAAACUUUCCUAUGUCUUCUAUGGUAAAACAGAUCCAUAUGUUACUCUGAGCCUGGGGGAUCAAACUAUCCGUAGUAAAAAGAAUAGUCAAACUACUGUCAUUGGACCUCCUGGUGAGCCAAUUUGGAAUCAGGAUUUUCAUAUGCUUGUUGCAAAUCCAAGGAAGCAAAAGUUGCACAUCCAAGUGAAGGACUCCCUUGGAUUUACAGAUUUGACUAUUGGUACUGGAGAGGUUGAUCUAGGAUCUCUGCGAGAUACUGUACCAACAGACAGGAUUGUGGUCCUACAAGGAGGAUGGGGACUGUUCAGAAAGAGGUCUUCUGGUGAAAUAUUACUUCGACUAACAUAUAAAGCAUAUGUGGAGGAUGAAGAUGAUGACAAGACUGUGGUGGAGUCCAUUGAUGCCGAUGCUUCGGAUGAUGAGUUGUCUGAUUCAGAUGAAUCAAAUGCUACUUUGGAUUCACGUGGAAAGGAUUCUUCAGAUGAAUCAGAUAAAGAGUCAUUUAUGGAUGUUCUAGCAGCUUUAAUUGUUAGCGAGGAAUUUCAAGGGAUUGUGGCAUCUGAGACAGGAAGUAACAAACUUCUGAAUGAUGCCCCAGCUGCAGAGUCAGGCAAUCUUAAUCCUGAAACAGCAGUUUCAGAUCCGAACAACAGUUCUGAAGAUUCUGGAGGAUCAGUCAUAAUUUGGCUAGCUGUUUUUACAAGCAUAUUAUUGCUAAUAGCUGUCAAUAUGAGUGGCUCAAAUUUCUUCAAUCCUUGAUAGGACUUGGAAAAAACUUGCAAAGAGUUGGUUUAAUAAUUCGGUCUAUAUCACAGAGGAAAUACCGAUGACUUCUGCAAUUAUGGACCCAUUUUGCUCAGUUACAAGGAGACAACGAUCUAAAUGAGAAUGUCAUAUUCCAAUGCUUGGUGUUUGGUAAUAUAGAGUUGGAUGCGGAUCCCUUAUGUGAGGUUGUGCAGCAAUCCCCUCAUAUGCUGGGGAUGUUUUAUAUUGUUGUAUGUAAAUUCUUGAUUUCAAACUAGAGGAAUAUUCUUUUGGCAGCGGAAAAUUUUGGGGUUUCAUCAAUGGAAGGCUUUACAAGUGAUUUUAGUGUGAUACUAGUCAUUUUUAUUCUAUUUUGUAGGAGCUUUCUUGUGACAUCGUAAUUGUGGAGUACGCAAUGAACUAAAAGUUUGUGGUAAAAAUCAAUUUCAUAUAUAUUUAUUGAAUUCAUUUAUAAAUGAACAUUUUUACAUGUUUGGUGGAAAAAUUGAAGUAUAAAUGUGGGUUUGUAUUGGCACUAGACCAAGCUUUCAGCCUCAAAUGAUUGGUUCCCACCACCUGAAGAUGGGUUUGUCUGGGAAAAGUAAUUUGUCCUUCCCUGGAUGAUUUCUAGAUAAUGUCUCUAAAAUAGACAUAGCUGUUGGAUGAGUGCUCCCAAGAGUUGUGCAACUUGCAAUAGUCUUUCCCUACUCUUUCCUCAGGAGGUGAAAUUGGUUUGUCCAUCUUUGAGUAAGCAAUCAAAAGAGUAUUCCAAUCCAUGGCUAUUUGUUAUGUGGUUAGCCAGAGCCAGGGCAUUUAUACUUGUUGCUACAACUAUUUCGACCAGGUUAACUUCAUAGUCAGAUUCUUAAUCAUUAGCGUCUGAAUGGCUGAAAUUUUCCAAGGGUCUAUUUUGUAACUAGACAGACUUUUGAGCAAGUCCUUCAACUUGCGUCCUUCAAGUUGCUCAAUUGUAAUAUUUAGGCCUCCGAUAUCUUAGUAUGUAUAUGUUUUCAGAAUUGGGUAAAUACUCUGUUCAUCGGUUUUUCUAGCAUAUGAGUAAGUUUUUGUUCCA